AUGGCCAUCCUGCUUCCUUAUUUUGUGCUUCUUCUUGCCAAUCUGCUUCUGUUCUUCCUUCCAUUGGCCUCUUUUGCAACUGAUAUCAUCACACAAUCUCAGCGACUUCUUGAUGAUGAAGGAACCACCUUGGUGUCCGAAAAUGGAAAGUUUGAACUGGGAUUUUUCAGCCCAGGUAGUUCUCCACAUCGGCAAGUUGAUCGUAAACAAAGACGGAAACCUAGCACUUCUCCACAAGAACGACUCUAUUGUUUGUUGGCCAGUUCAACAAAAAAGGCAUCAAGUCCAGUUGUCCAACUUUUAGGCUUUGGAAAACUUGGAAUGAAAUUAGGAUGGGACCUAAGAACUGGUCUGAAUCGAUAUUUGACAGCAUGGAAGAAUUGGGAUGACCUUUCUCCAGGAGACUUUAGAAUUGAGCUCAUGCUUCACGGUUUACCAGAAAAGGUUUUUUGGCAAGGCACCACGGAAUAUUAUAGGAUGGGACCUUGGAAUGGUGUUUCAUUUAGUGGCUCUUCUUCAGUGAACAGCAAUAUAACAUUGGUCUCCAACAAGGAUGAGGCGUACUUAAUGUACACUCUCAACAAUGAGUCAGAGAUUUUUAUAGACACCUUAAACCAAAUGAAAUAUGCGAUGCAAAGGCUUGUAUGGGAUCAAGAUACUCAAAGGUGGAAAUCUUUUGGUGAUUUACCGAGGGAUUAA